UUGUCUUGUUUAUGGCUCUCAAGAGACAGAGGAAGAAAGAACCCUUGAUCAUCUCAAAGGAUGAUGUUCGGGACAACAUUGUGACCUACAAUGAUGAAGGAGGUGGGGAAGAAGACACCCAGGCUUUUGACAUUGGCACACUGAGAAACCCAGAAGCAAGGGAAGAAAGUAGGAUGAGAAGAGAUGUUAUCCCAGAAACUAUAUUUCAGAUAAGACGGACUGCACCUCUUUGGGAAAACAUUGAUGUCCAGGAUUUUAUCCACAGAAGGUUAAAAGAAAAUGAUUUAGACCCAGCUGCUCCUCCUUAUGAUUCACUAGCAACAUAUGCCUACGAAGGAAAUGAUUCCAUAGCAAAUUCACUUAGCUCUCUGGAAUCGCUUACCACAGAGGGCAACCAAGACUAUGAUUACCUCAGUGACUGGGGACCUCGGUUUAAAAAACUAGCAGAUAUGUAUGGUGGAGAAGACAGUGAUAGAGACUAAGAAAGUAGUCUGUGACCUGGUCAGUGUUAGUGGAAUUCAUGUAUAAGUUACUCGAUAAAGUGGCCCACUCUCUCUUACUCGGGAAUAAAAAAUUUACAAAAAAUAGGUGUUGUCUUAGUAAGGGUUUGCUUAAUCAAUAAGUCAACAUGAAUGAAUAUGAAUGAUUCACGUUUUUAAAACGAAAAUAAAUCUAUAAUCCACCCUCUCUGCCUAGAAACCUCUGAUAAAAGAGUUUUAUUGACAAUGAAAGGCUUUUUGUGCCUUCAAUAAUGAGAUGGAACCGUAAUUUUUAUUUUUAUUUUUUUUAACUGCUUUGCAUUACCUUUCCUACUAGUUGGGACAGUGUGCACCUGCAUUGUAACAUAAUCUCAAAAAUAGACUUUAAAAAGAUUAAUAUUACUGCCAUAUUUAUUGAGUUAAAGA